ACUAUCCAAGCAAGGUGUGUGACCUAGAGCGGGGGCAUGCGCUACCGUGACUGCCACGGCCAUAUAUAUUUAUUUUUCCAAUAUUCGCAAAUUGCCGCUCUUUUGACAAAGUAAAUGCUUGAAACAUGGUAAAUGUUAUGAAAGGAGUGCUUGUGGAAUGUGAUCCUGCUAUGAAACAAUUCCUGCUGCAUUUGGACGAGAAGCUGGCAUUGGGUCGCAAAUUCAUAAUUCAAGAUUUGGACGAGAGUCACCUAUUCAUCUCCACGGACAUUGUGGAAGUGCUUCAGGCGCGUGUCGACGAUUUAAUGGACCGCAUCAGUUUUCCCCUGCACGACAAAGACGCCUAAACUACAAUUUUGCCAAUAGAGACCCCCGC